AUGUCCGACGGCGAAAACGACCUCUUCAACAUCCAAGUCUCCGACUCAGAAGAAGACAAGGUUGAGAAGAAAUCCAAGCGAACCGGCCAGUCAGAAGACGACUUCCAGGCGGUGAAAAGCACCUACCGUGCAAAGGUGGAAAACGGCAAUAUACACGAGACAAUCAGCCUCCCACUGGCACCUGAUGCAAACAAACAGCAUGUCCAGGAAGUCAUCCACGCGGCGGAGGAGCUCUACUUCUUCCGGCGCUAUCGGGAUGUCAUCGAUCUCGUUUCAAGGGUCCUGGCCCUUGAGGGCGACAAAGGUGGCUUGGACGACGAAUCCAAGCAGCUGCUCUCCAUGUAUCAGUCAAGAUGUAGGCAAAAAUUGAAACAAACCGAUUGA